AUGCCUCACCAGCCUCACGGGCCCCCUCAGGCUCCUGAUGAGCCAGACUUAGUGCCACCCACCGCUCCGUCACAGUCCUCUGCUGUGAUAGGCGAGAACGCGAGCUCUACCAGCGUCCCUGCUCCAAACACCCAGCGCCCAGCCAAGAAAAAUGCUUCUAUUGCUUGUCAGGCCUGCAAAACCUCGAAACGAAAGUGUGAUCAACGCCAGCCCUGUUCAAAUUGCCUAGCAAACAACAGGGUGUGCAUUUACGACCCAUCACAAGAUGGGAGAAGGAAGCAGGUCCGCAAGAGAAGGCUUGAGGAACUCGAGCUACGAAGUCACGCUCUUGACAGGAUCCUGAUCAGUCUCAAGAACUCUUCGAGUCCAGAGUCACGGCAGCUGCUUGACCUCAUCAAGCGAGAUGCCCCUCUCGAGGAGAUCCUUGAGUUUCUCGACGCUCAUCCGGGCCCAGUGGCAAAUGAGACGCGGGUGGCUCUGUCUGCUACUCCUCCUCCAGAAAAUGGCGGCGGAAUCCGUCGCAUGCUCGCAAUUAGUGAGCUGACUGACGAGCCAACUUUCAGGGUCCCUGCCGCGCCAUGGACCACCGUCACAAAAGACGACCUGUUGGUCUCCCAUUUAGUCUCGGCCUACCUCAAUUGGUACCAUUUCUACUACCACAACUUUGACGAGAAGUUGUUUCUCGAGGCCAUGGCUGCGCGAGAUCUGCAGUCCCCAUAUUGCUCACCUUUCUUGGUCAAUGCAGUCCUGGGAAUGGCAUGUUUCUUCUCAGACCACCCUUUGGCCUUUGCUACGCCGGGGGAUGCCGCUAAACCAACGCUGACCAAUAUCCAAGGUUUCACUAUUAUGAUAAUGACGGCAGCUUUCACCGGUAAGGACAGGGUGAGCCUUACGUCCCUGAGACAGCUUGAGGUUAUGAUGCCGCAGCUUCUUCGCCGACAUCAGAAAUCAGGCAAGAGUCCAACGAUAUCCAAGGAUCUCCAGCGGUCCCUCCAGAUUGUGGAGUGGGCGGCACACAUAUAUUCAACGGGAUUCGGUACCGGGUUUCUGGUCGCCCCCAUGACGCCAAAACCAUCUCUUGAAGCGCCAUAUGCUUCCGAAGUUUGGCGCAGCCAUCUCACAUCAUGGUCCCCUUACCCCAAGGCUGGAGAUGCUCUUCAGCUGCCACUUCAGGCUCUCUACCACUACCUGUGUGAGCUGUACAUAUUCGCGAGCGACGUGCAGUCUCUGGUCUUCGCCGACUUUGCUGCAAUGAAUGCGGUGGAAAAACUUCAUGCGGCUCGAGAUAUGGACAGGAAAAUAUUGGAAUGGUAUAAGUCGAUACCUCGGGAGUUUCAGGCGGAAGACCAAAAUUUUAUUCUGGCGCCGACCACUAUCGAUUUAUCAUUGAGUCUUCAUCAUUUCCGGUUGCUGAUGUGGAAUUGGACGAUACCACCGCCCCUGAGUGCCUCGAAGCCGAAAACAGUGCCUGAACAGGAUUCGGCAUCAGCGAAUGCUUCAGAAACACUAAGCUCGGGUCAAGAUGAACUAGAUCAGGUCACCCGCGAGGCCAAGGACAUGUGUAUGCCGAUCACGAGAGUCACGACACGGAUCAUCCAAAGAUCAGAUGCUAUCUUUGGCCCGCGCUUCUUCACUGUUUUGACGCCACAGUCUGGCAUCCUCGCAGCGAGUUUCCUGCUGUCUGGAAACCUCGGUUCUGAGGUCGAGGAGGACCUGCUGCUAGAGAUCAUGCGAGUCCUGGUGAGAUGUUCGAGGCAGCGGCAACUGGUCAAAGGUGUCACGCACAUGUUACUGAAAACGGCAGAGGACAAGGUCGCUGCUGCCGGGGAUGGACCUACACCUCCCGGCGGUGUAAGCCAGUCUCUCCUAGAGAAGCUGACGGUCAUUGUGAAGGACAUUGCCUGGGAAGGCCAGGAACAUCUCACCUUCAGCUCCAAAUACCCCAAUCACAUACUCAUCAAGGAGGAUCCUGACACGGAGUUGAGCACAUUGCUCGAGAAAUGGGCAGACAUGGGCCUGCAGGACGGGGUGCACGCUGGGACCGCUGAAGCUCCUGGCGACGGCCAAACAACAGACAAGGGUGGAGGAGACGAUGUGUGA